AUGCGUUUUUUUCAAAAAGCUACUACUACAACGACGCCAUCGGCAGCAUCUCAGUGUCAGUUACCAUCGUUACCGUGUACACUUGUGAAUAUUACAUAUGAUCAAUUAUUAUUUUUACAAGAUAUGUCGACUGGAUUGAACGUUUACGGAUGUUAUGCUUAUGGCUUUUAUGCAACGUCCCAAGUUCAUACAUUGUCAUUCGGUUUUCGACAAGAUCCAACAGAGUGGUUCUUGAAUGAGGUUUUCGUUGUAGCCAACGACACGAACCAACAAUUGCUUAGUAAUGGCUGUUCUGAAACGGGCGAUUUAACAGGAUGGAUCUAUUCUGAAAAUAACGGUUGUGGUCCAGGAUGGUCAAAAGUCGAUGGAAAUGUUAUAACGCUCAUUCGGGAAAUUAUUACUAUUUUGGCGGCUGUUAUGGGAAAACUGACUAUUUAA